CUGAAUACCAGAUGUCGUGGUUCAUUCCGGGACAAGCUACGGAGAGAGGCGAGUAGUGACGAACGAUGGUCGUUCUGACGGGCUUAAGAAACAACAAGGGUUUUCUGAACCACGCCCUGACUGGCUGACUCACAGUCAGGUGUUCAGGCUAAAUAUAACUACCCGUCGCCGAAUCUAACUACUACGUCGCAUUUCCUUGAUACUGUUCAGAGGACUUGUAUUCCACGAAUACGAAGAAUGUCGGGAAGAGAACUUGUUCCUGGUCGGUUCUCAAGAGGGCACAAGGAAAAUAUAGGUAUCGAAAUGGUUUUUAAGAAAGUACUUGUCUGCUCACAUUGUCAUGCAGCCGCCGAAAAGGACAUACUCCGACAAUGCUUAGGAUCUGAAGGGGCCAAGAACAUUGUCAAGAUGAUUGGUGAUAGUUUUACUGAAGAUUGCUUCACACUGACCUUUGAAUAUUGCGAGGAAGGCAGCCUGGACCAGUAUGUGAGUAAACGUUUAACCAUGAAGAGUCCUCUAGACGAGGCCGACUGUCGUUCUGUCGUGACCGACAUUGCCAGUGGUUUACAGUUUCUUCAUAAAAUUGGUAUCAUACACGGAAAUAUACAGCCGGAAAACAUCCUUGUGACAUGGGACUCUGGAACGCUUUAUAAGAUAGGAGGAUUUGGGUCUGCUGCUCGUCGCCUUACGCGGGAACAUGCCGGGGAAGAAGGGACAGGAGACACUUGUUUUUCACCCCCUGAAGCGGUUCUGACAGAGAAAAGCGAUAUUUUCUCUCUUGGCGUUAUCGCCUUUGCUUUACUGCGUCAGGAAUUUGACCACAACAAACUAGUUGCCUACUACAAUGGACGCCGUCUGGCCAAGGUGGGAGGGGAAAUAAAACUCCCUGGUGUCGCUGACCAGGGAUUCGGAGACUGCAUCAAGGCAGCCUUAAGGCAAGAUAUAUCCAGACGCCCAACAGCAGAAGAAGUUUAUUUAACGCUGAAUACAAGUAACUGGUGGUGCAAAUGGGCAUUUCUGGGUGUUUGUGUUGUGGCUGGUGUAGCGAUGUAUGACCUGUUGAAAGGGGAGGAGCCUGUCUCACAGAUGCUCAGUAGAUCAUCAAAGAAUUUUUAUUUCUAAAGUAGUGCACAGUGUCACAUACAUUUGCCUGGGCUACAGUUGCCCAAAUACGUUUCAGGAGAUUGCUUUGAACGAGUAUUGUCAUACAUAAAAUUGCAAAUUCUUGUCGGAUGUCUGCUCGUACUGUGCAUCUAGUACAGACUCGUCGCACUGAAACAGACUCACCUCUAGCUUCGCUAAAAGUAAUACAAAGUUAACAGGAUAGUGAACUUGAUUUUCGAAGGUUUGAGAAAUGUAUAUAAUUUCAAAAUUCACAGGAUCGUUGUCCCAAAAUAUUACUUCUAUCACUGUAUAUGGUAUGUAGGGAGCCAGCUGUGAACGAAGACCAUGCCCUUCCAUCCUGAGUCUACAGCACAAGUCACCUUGACGAAGGCAGCCACCAACAUCGUGAAUAGGAGAUCAGUUGACCACACUGUCUGUCAAUUGUGCCACGUAAACCACAAAUCAGACACUUUGUAGCUUGGUGAAAAGGAUUCUGUCACAUAUUAUAACUGUGAUGUGUGGUUUACGGCAAACUGAUGUGAAGAACAACUAGUACCCUUGGACUCCACCUUCGACAGGUACAAGCAACGCACGAACAACGACCCCUACAUGCGAAGCCCUGUCUGCGCAGAAACUAAAAGAAAACCAAGGACUUCAUCAAAGGCAAAACAUUCCAACUGAACUCAAUGGCAUGUGUCAGUGACUUGGUGACUUUUAGUGUUUUGUGUUUACAGUUUUAUAUUUCCUCUGGUCUCAGCACGAUGAUGCACAGACACAAUAGACACCUGGCUGUCAGCCCAUCUUAACACUCC